AGAGGGAAUAGUUAUCAAUCAACCAAAUAAAGAAAUAUUAAAUAUUUUUAAUUAAAAAAAAAUAUGAACUAAAACCCUUUAGGAAGUAUGAAAAAAGGAUUCGAAGACAUUAAUAUGUAUUAUAAUAACUAGUACUUUGAUUUCUAAUAAAAUCAAAUAGGCUCCAUACUAGGCUAGGAAUCAAAUCCACUUGAUCAAAUAAAAGAAAAGGCUGAAGAGUAAUCUAAUCAUGGCCAUGGAGGAUAGCAAAUUUCAGAAGGCCAGCCAAAAUAAAAACCUACUAAUUCUAAAAACACAUACAUCAAAAAGAUAAAUAAUUUAGUAAAAACAUCUUAUGAUAAUCUUCAAGCACUAGAUAAUAAAUAAGACUUCAACGCCUCUUAAUAAGACAACAGUAAGAUGUUAAGAAAAACAAAGUCUAGUUAUGGAUUAGAUUUACUUAAUAAUUAACACUAAACUUAAUAGCAAUAAUAGCAGAGUUAGCAAAUGUAAGGAUACUCAGAUCCUUCAAUGAUUUAAUAGCAAUAGCAAUCUCUCUAAAACCAAAAUGCUAAUCCAGCUAAAGAAAACUAAAAGCUUGUCAGAAAUAGAGAAUCUGCCAGAAACUCAAGAAAGAGAAAGAAAAUAUAUUUAGAAUUGUUAGAAAACAAGGUAACCUAAUUGAAUGAUAUUUUGUAAGACUCUAAAAGAAUAUGCUGUGCUAGUGAGUAGUUAUUAAAUAAUUUAUAAACAUAAAUUCAAUAUAAAAAUGACUAGUAAACAAACAAGACUAUAUUGUUAAAUAAUUUGCAAAAUUCUUUAAACAGUAAUGCUAGUGAAAAUGAUGUUGGAAUUAUUAUAGAAGGUUUAAAGAGAAAGUUUGGUUCCAAUAACCCUGAAAGAAUGAUGGUCCUUGAUUAUUGCUUUAAGCAAAUAGCUGAAUAAAUGCUUCCCGUUCAUAUGAAAUAUAUCCUUUACGUUGCCUCAGAGUCAAAAGAUAUUUAUUCUCCUGAUUAGGACAAGGAUGAUGAACUCGAAAACUAAAAUAAAACACAAGAGUUUGAGUUCCCAAAAAUUAUUCAAUCAUUAAAGCUCUCAGAAUCCUAAAAAAAGAAGGCAAUUAAGAUGCAAAAAAAACUAUCAAAAGAAAAAGAAAAGCUUGAAUAACUUGUUAACAAUAUGUAUGAGACAAAAGAGAAAAUGAAGAAAGAGUUGAACUCCUUAGAUGAAACUAUGGAAAAUCUUAUUAAAGAUUUCAAGCCUUCUUAAAUUUCUAAAUUCCUUCUUAGCAUUGAAAGAACAUAAUAUAAUAACCAUAUGAAAUAAGCCUUCUAAAAAUUCUUUGAGGGUGAUAAUGAUGAUAGUGAUGAUGAUAGUGAUAAUGAUUUGUAGUCUUUCAUCUAGAACUAGGAUAGUUGUAAUACUCUGAUGGUUGAUGUAAACGAGGCCUAUGAUGUUUAUACAGAUGCAUAUGAAUUCUUACAAAAGAAGAGACAUCUAUCUACAGAUGUUAACUAAACUAAUUUAAAUGCCGCUGCAUAAGCUGCAUUCUAAAAUGAUUCUAAUUGA